CCGUGUUCAUCAGAACUUGUCACGCCACCAGAUUCGCCCCUCAUGUCGACCACUGCGGCCACUGGCCCCAAUGGCGCCCAGCAAGAUGGCCUUUCUGCCAACGACAACAUUCAACGAUUCGUAAACCCAAGCCGACCAUUGAGCCCGCUACCACAGCAUACUCUCUUCCACUCGAAGACACGAUGCUUUGUCUACGGUAUGCAGACCAAGGCUGUGCAGGGAAUGCUCGACUUCGACUUCAUCUGCAAGCGCAAGACUCCUUCCGUCGCAGGUAUCAUCUACACAUUCGGUGGCCAGUUCGUCAGCAAAAUGUACUGGGGAACUUCAGAGACACUUCUCCCGGUCUAUCAAAAUGUGGAAAGCGCAGUGGCUAAGCACAACGACGUGGAUGUCGUUGUCAACUUCGCCUCCUCCCGUUCAGUCUACUCCUCCACCAUGGAGUUGAUGAACUACCCGCAGAUCAAGGCGAUUGCCAUCAUCGCCGAGGGUGUGCCCGAACGUCGUGCCCGUGAGAUCCUCCACGUUGCUCAAAAGAAGGGUGUCACUAUUAUUGGUCCGGCCACUGUUGGUGGUAUCAAGCCUGGCGCUUUCAAGAUUGGUAACACUGGUGGUAUGAUGGACAACAUUGUCGCCUCGAAGCUCUACCGCAAAGGCUCUGUUGGCUACGUCUCAAAGUCCGGUGGUAUGUCCAACGAGUUGAACAACAUUGUGGCACAAUACACCGACGGUGUGUACGAGGGAGUUGCCAUUGGCGGUGACAGAUACCCUGGUACCACAUUCAUCGACCACAUGCUCCGAUACCAAGCCGACCCCGACUGCAAGAUUCUCCUCCUAUUGGGUGAGGUCGGUGGUGUUGAGGAAUACCGCGUGAUUGAGGCCGUCAAGGCAGGCGUUAUCACCAAGCCGAUUGUCGCCUGGGCUAUUGGAACCGUCGCUAGCAUGCUCAAGACUGAGGUCCAGUUCGGUCACGCAGGUGCCAUGGCUAACUCUCAACUGGAGACCGCUGCUGUCAAGAACCAAAGCAUGCGCGAAGCUGGUUUCUUCGUCCCCAACACCUUCGAGGAGAUUCCGGAGCUUCUCAGCCAGGUCUACCAGAAGAUGGUCAAGGCUGGCGAGAUCAAGCCUGCUCCCGAACCUGCCGUUCCCAAGAUUCCAAUCGACUACUCGUGGGCGCAAGAGUUGGGUCUCAUCCGUAAGCCUGCUGCCUUCAUUUCUACCAUCUCCGACGACCGUGGUCAGGAACUGUUGUACGCGGGUUUGCCAAUCUCAGACGUAUUCCGGGAGAACAUUGGUAUCGGUGGUGUCAUGUCACUGUUGUGGUUCCGUCGUCGCCUGCCUGACUACGCGAGCAAGUUCUUGGAGAUGGUCCUCAUGUUGACUGCUGAUCACGGUCCGGCUGUGUCUGGUGCCAUGAACACGAUCAUAACUACCCGUGCUGGCAAGGAUUUGAUUUCGGCACUUGUGGCUGGUCUGCUGACCAUUGGUUCGCGUUUCGGUGGUGCUCUUGAUGGUGCUGCAGAGGAGUUCUCACGCGCAUUCGACAAGGGUCUCUCGCCACGAGACUUCGUUGACACGAUGCGCAAGGAGAACAAGCUCAUUCCUGGCAUCGGUCACCGUGUCAAGUCUCGCAACAACCCCGAUCUCCGUGUCUCGCUUGUCAAGGAGUACUGUCUCGCCAACUUCCCCUCCACCAAACUGCUCGACUAUGCCCUCGCUGUCGAGACCGUCACGACCAGCAAAAAGGACAACCUCAUUCUCAAUGUUGACGGCUGUGUCGCUGUCUGCUUUGUCGACCUUCUCCGCAACUCCGGCGCAUUCAGCCCCGAGGAGGCCGAAGACUACCUUAAGAUGGGUGUCCUCAACGGUCUCUUCGUGUUGGGUCGAUCUAUCGGUCUUAUUGCGCAUUUCCUCGACCAGAAGCGCCUGCGCACCGGUCUGUACCGUCACCCCUGGGACGACAUCACCUACCUCCUUCCUGAGCUCGGCAAGGGUGGUCCCAUGGGCAACGAGGGCCGUGUCGAGGUCAACAUCAAAUAGACGAUGUGCUAAAAUACUUUCUUUCUUACGGUGGAUGUCGCAUCAGGCGAGUCUGUUCAUGGGUUUUGGACUUGUAUUGAUGAAUAAUGAAGAUGGCAAACCAAGCCGUGGAACCAAACUCUUUCCCUCUCUUUCGUUCGUCACGAAACGAAGUUUCAUCCUCAGAGGCGGGUCUCCGGAGACAUGAUUCCUCUCAAAUCUCAUUCGUGCGCCUGGACGAUCUAUUAAAUUUGUAUGACACGACGAGCAUGACAUUGUAGCGAAAGCUUUGUAGAUUGAAAUGGUGAGCUUGCGCUUGAAUCAUUGCACAUCGUGAAUUGUGGUACAGGAUCAGCUCAAAUGUAAUCUUAAUGGAGGAAUGAGCAGGCAUGCCUGUAAUUGCUUCACAGCAGCAGACGAUCAUUCGACGAUUAAUAGUAUCCU